UAUAAGAAGAAAAGAAAACUCGUAGCAAAUCUCUUUCUUCCGCCCCUACGUCAGUAAAACGUCACUCUUCGUCACUAGGAACGACCUACACUUGCCGUGUCCGCUGCUCUCCCACGUGAACAGAGAUACAUUCAUAGCUGAUCUUGGAAUUCAUCCUACAGUCAAGAUGUCUGCAGUGGAAUAUGAUGAACAUGAGUCCAAGUUUAUGCGUAAAGCUAAAGAAAAUCCAUUUGUUCCUGCAGGAAUGGCUGGAUGUGUAGCUAUUGUUGCCUAUGGGCUCUUCAAACUGAAAAGCCGUGGAAACACAAAGAUGUCAGUGCACCUUAUUCACAUGCGUGUAGGAGCCCAGGGUUUUAUUGUUGGAGCAAUGACCAUAGGUGUCCUCUACUCAAUGUACCAAGACUACGUGGUGAAGCCCAUGGCAGAACAGAAAGCCCUGAAGAGCAAAUGAAUUUUGUUAUUUAUUUUUUAUUAAUUUGAACCUCAUUUGUUUUUGACAUGGUGUUAUUAAUGGACUCAAGUAGUAGUUUUUAAGUGAUGGGAAUCUUAUUCCAUUUCAUAUUUGCUGUGCCUCAGAUUUCUGGGGUCAUCAUACUGUAUCGUUGUGCCUUAUCAAGGGGAAAACAACCCUGUAUUGUUACUUUCUUUACUAAAGAAAAGAGUGAAAAGCUGUGAACACACCUGGCAGGCAUAUAGUCCUGCUUGUCUCUGUAGGUAGGCUACAUGAAAGUGGGGAAAAAAUCCAGGUUUGCUACUUGUGGAGGACUCCACUCGCCCCUGGGAAAGCACUAGAUUACUUUAAGCAAUACCAACUGUUUUAUUUCUAAGAGCCUUGAGCUGUAUUUAGUCUUAUUUAUUUCAUGAUGUUAAUGCACCUUAUUCUCUGCUCCUCUAUUAAAACUAUGAAAGGAAAGGUUCUGUUUUAUUGCUGUCUCUUGUCUUCUGACAGCCAUCACUGAAAUGGUUGCUUAUGGAAAAUAAUGUAUUCUACUUCCCUAGGAAAAGUAAGUAAAAUGUCAUCUUUGUAUGGUUGCAUUACAUUGCAGGUAAUCUUGUAAACAGGUAUCUGAAGCAGUAGUUGAUCUCUAGGAGCCGCAUUUAAGUUUAAUUUAAUUUUCCGAAUCUAUUCAUUUUUCGUAUUUGUGUUUGGCAAGUGUGCACCCUCUACAGGUGGUGAGGGUGGGUGCUGCCCUAUAAAUUGGUCUGAUUUGCGCAUGGCGGGGAGAAGGCGGGUGAUCAAGCCAUACCGUUAUUGACCUCAGCCAGUUCGGUCAUACUCAGUCACGGUCUACUACGGCCUACUCAACUGUGAGCAUUGGCCUCUUGACCCUAGUGCGGACUGAAUGGAGUUAUGUUUCAUGUUUAUUUUUUGUUGCAAUAAAUGGUUCAGAAACACA